GAGUACGAGACCUGGCUGGGACAUGGCUCAGUGGAGAAGGCGAAAAUCACGCUUGCCACGCAGUUUGACCUCGUUGGCAUUACCGAGCGCAUGAACGAGUCGCUCGUCAGCCUCGGCAAACUUUACGGCUUGACAGCGGACGAGAUGGCUGUGAUCGGUCAGAGCGUGCCACGGGACAAGGACAACUCUGACACCAAGCUCGAUUGGACGGACGAGGAGAAAGCCUUGGCGACCUACAUCGCAAACAAGAGCACACAAAUCUACAACUUUGCCAACGAGAUUUUCGUCCGACAGUACUUGGUCCUGUUCAACAACGAGGAAAACUUGAAGAAUGCCGUGGAGAGGUUCGAGGCCAUGAAUCCCUGA